UUGUGGCAAAAUCCAAUAGCAAAUUAAGAAGACAUUAUGAAAGUCUCUAAAAUACGUUGUUUUGUUGUUUUUAACAAAAGCUCUAUUGAUCUUGCUGUUUACAAUUUGGCGUGACCUAUUUAUUGCGACGCCAAUCCACUAGAUGGCGAUAUAGCAUUUGAAUUUACGCAACAAACUCACGACGAAGAAGCACGCCAGUGAGAAAAGACAAAAUGGCUGGCUGUGGUUGUGGGAUGGAGCUAUUUGUUGUGCUAAUGUGAACAUUCCGCAUACAGCAGGCUGGAGCUGGAGCUGGAGCGACUUUACCUGACGCUAUCUUGCGUUGUCUCAUCCUGCGAAUGAGAGUGAUGAUGGCCCGGCGGUCUGAGCGGCGUGGAAUCCAUCUGGACCAGUCAGAGCUGCUGUGUAAAAAAGGAUGUGGUUUUUAUGGCAACACAGCUUGGCAGGGUCUGUGCUCUAAAUGUUGGCGAGAGGAGAACCAGAGAGAUAGGCAGAAACAGAUCCAGGACGACUGGGCUUUAGCUGAAAGGCUUCAGAGAGAGGAAGAGGAAGCAUAUGCAAGCAGACAUCAGAAGCCUCAGUCGCAACCCGUUGUCACAACUGUCAGCAAGUUUGAGGAACGCAAGACAAAGGAAAAAUCCAGUAAGGUCAACACGGUCACCAAAUUCUUCACUCCCUCCAUUAAAACACCACCAAAGAAAGAGGCCGCCGCCCCUUCGGAUGCUCAGUCCAGCCCGAUUUCCAGCUCCACAGCUAACCGUCUGUCUGUGGACACCGACCAUGCGACCAGGGAGUUCAUCGACUUCCUCAAGCCUCUGAAAUACGGUCGGCAAAUCUUUAAACAGUGCCGGGCUUUCACUGAGAGCAUGGCCUAUAAGCGGGACAUGGGCGCUGAUGACAUGUCCGAAUGUGUUCAGGACUUCUACCAGAAUCUCUCGGAACGACUUCAGACUCAGUUCAAAGGUUCCUCUGAGCAUGUAGAAGGCAUCAUGGAUGAAGUGGAGAGGUAUAUGAUGACGCGUCUUUACAAGGAGGUUUUCUGUCCCGAAACCUCUGACGAUGAGAAGAAAGACCUUGCCAUUCAGAAGAGGAUCAGAGCGCUGCACUGGGUCACCAUUGAGAUGCUUUGCGUUCCUGUCGACGAAGAAAUCCCUGAAGUGUCCGACAGCGUGGUUAAAGCCAUCACAGAUGUGAUCGAAAUCGAUUCCAGACGAGUGCCCAAAGACAAGCUGGCGUGCAUCACGCGCUGCAGCAAGCACAUCUUCAACGCCAUCCGCAUCAGCAAGAAGGAGGCGGCGUCAGCAGACGACUUCCUGCCCACGCUCAUCUACAUCGUGCUGAAAGCAAAUCCCCCGCGACUUCAGUCUAACAUCCAGUACAUCACACGCUUCUGCAACCCCAGCCGGCUCAUGACUGGAGAGGAUGGCUACUACUUCACUAAUCUGUGCUGUGCCGUGGCCUUCAUCGAGAAGCUGGACGGAAAGUCUCUCAACAUGACCUCAGAGGAGUUUGACCUGUACAUGUCGGGCCAGGCUUCCCCCAACUACCCUCCAGUCGAUGGGCCGUCGUCGCGCUCCCUGGGCAGCACAGCGCUCAGCCAGGUCCACAAGCGUCUGGACAUGCUGACGGGGCUCGGCGAACGGCAGGAGCGCGUCAUAGAGAGAGCUCGCCAGCUGGAGAACGACCUCAUCGACUGGACGGACGAAGUGGAGCAGAAAGUGCAGAGCGUUCUGGACAGUUUGGAGACACCGGACGCUCCCACCGCCACCACUAACAGCAGCUCGGCUACGGGGGCGGCGACGGCCUCCUUAGCCAUUGAUUCUGAUAACGUUGAGAACGAGCACCUGCCGCCGCCGCUGCAGCCACAAGUGUUUGCCGGUUGAUGCUGGGCCAGAUGCUUUAGGUCACCACCUCCUCUUUGGUUGACUUGCAUGUGAAACAUCCCAAUGCCACUCAUCUCUUCUGUGGAGGCAUGGAUACUUCACUCCCAAGUAUCCAUCCACUUUCUACAGCGCUUAUAGACUUCUGUAGACUUAUCUCCAGUGUCACUUUGAAGAGUGCUCUGAGUCGGGAUUGAUCCCACGGCAGCUGCACAAAAGUCAGCUUUGUGAACCACUACGCCACCCAUGGCUCAAAUGAACAUACAGUUCACACAAACAUCAAACCUAGAAGAAGUGGUUAAUCUACUGGUGCUUUAUCUACUGAGAAAGAGAAUCAUUUCCACACAUGCAUGUGUUGAUGCACGGACAUAAAGUAUUUAUGUUACAUUCAUGUGGAAACAUCCAAAACGUCCUCUCACUCCUGCCAUGAGGUACUUGUACACACUGAGGUGCUGGUAUUUUUCUACAUAAUGGCAGGAGAUGCUUGUGAUACCUCGGACAUUUCCACUUUGGUUGCUGGAUAUACACACCAUGCAUUCUAUAGCCAUUCGAACAGGACUCCGAGAGCGCAUGGGAAACAACAAAAAAGGAAAAAAAAUCAAUUUCCUACUGAAAUCGAACAGUGCAGCACAAACAUUGAGUAUGAAAUAUUUUGAAGCACUUUAUGAUUUUAACCAUUUAUUUGGAUGAUACACACAGUAUAUAUAUAUGAAGGAUAGUACUUUGUACAAACAUACAAUAGUCACUUUUCUGUUGCUAGAUUUUAAUCUUUUUCUUAUUCAGCAGUUAUAUAGGUUGUAUUUAUGUUUUGCUUCCUAAAAAAAAGGCUUUUAAAACCUUGAGGCCCGUUUUUAAAAUUACCUUUUAACCUUAGAUUCAUCUCAUAAAUUGUAAUAUAUACACAUGUAUCUUUAAACAACUUCAAACCUAACCAUAGACAUGAAUUCUUUUGACAUGAAUUAUUUUAAAAAAUAUAUUUUAUCUUACUUAAUUUUUCUGUAGCACACCUGUGAAUUUUUUCCAAUGGUAAAAACAGCAUUUUCCAAAAUUGAGGUGUAACGUUUUAAUAGCCUCGACAAGAUCAAAAAUUGAUAUUGAGGCAUUAUUACUUUUUCGAGCAAAUGAGAUUUUUUCCCCCCAAAAGCUUUUACCAUAAGGUCUUAAAACAAUCCUCUUAAAAGCGUAUGCAUCCAAUAGGAGAGUGAAAGGCUUUCUUUUGAUCAAGUCGAGCUUCAUAGGAUCAGCGUUAUUAUGGUAAAUCUGGCCCAUAUGUUGAAAAGAUAUCAGAUGUACACUUCUGGUCCCCCAAGGUGCCUCAAGGGUUCAAUGCAAACUUACUAGCUUGACUUAUAUAAGCCAUGCAUUCAGGUAUACACACACUCAAUCUAACACCAUCCAAUGCAAGGGCUGCAUCAAACAUUCUGCCUUGACAAAGAUAACAAUGCUCAGUUUUGAUAUGUUAAAAAAAAAGUACAUUUUUGUUCUGGCACAUUUUUGAUGCAUCCCUUAUUGUGGAUCUCAUUAGAUCAGGGUCAGUGAGUGUACUAAGGUUUAAAACAUCUUUUUUGCAACCUUAUAGGUUUGUUACUGUGUCAUAUAGAUACAGUAUAUAUAUAGGAGAUAAGUCAAUACUGUCUUUUAUUUAAAUGUAACUUAUUUGGGCAGAGUUGGUUUAUUUGCUUCUGUGGGUAUGUGACUAAUAAAAGUGUAGAGAAGCAGCCCACAGUGUCGCCACUUCUUAUUAGUCGUUUUGUACUUUCACUGAAAUAUCCAUGAUUGUGCAAGGUCAGAUAAAAGAGCGUUAAAAACCUUUAAUACUAGAGUUUUGUACAGUCUCUACAGUAAAA